CUCAUCAGGCUGUUUGGACAAAACCCUUGACGGUUGAAGAGAGAGACAAGCGCGAACGACAUUUCUUUCCCAGAAGAAUUACCCCUUACCGCCAAUCUUUCUGCCUGGAACCGAAAAUCUAGCAGAACGAGAGGGUACACUGGAAUGAUUUGGAAGUAGAAACGACGAAUUCGCGGAAGAGACAUUGUUUCUUGACAUUUGCAAAGCUGUGGUGUUCCAAAUCGUUUUAGAAGAACAUAGAAUUCAUCGAAUCUCAACUUUCUGAUAAGGAGGAAAAAGAGAGAAAUCUGUGAUGCGUAUCCUGUUCUUCAAUUGACGAAACAGGAAGGCGACUUCAAUUAUCCAGAUUCAAAUUUUAUUUUCAGUUGGUUAAAGGCUUAGAAGAUUGGAAUGUUCAGCUCUGCAAACACCGUCGGAAAAGACGAGCGCAGCACAGCAAUCACCGCCGGAAAAUGACGCGACUCCCCUCCCGAUUCCUGCCUCUCUUUUCUCUUCUAGGUCUAGGGUUUGUCGAAGCAACGGUCGUUGGAAAACCUACCGAAGGAAUCAGUUAUCGGUAGAAGAAAGGGAUGGCCCAGAUUCACCGAAACAAGAUCUACGAUUGUUAUUUAGUGUGGCUCUUAUAUCUUAGGAGUGCUUGGACACUACCAUAUUUUAGCCUAGAGAGAGAAAGAUGGGAAAUCAAAAAGAAAGGGUCGGUCAAAGAUUUGGGGACGUGGGGGUUACAUUUGGAGUUGGACAGCGGAGUUUUGAAGGCACGACGAGUCAACAAAACCCAUAUUUUCUUUUUGGGUAUUCGGUGGAAACAAAUACCCUUAUUAUUAAAAAACUCAAAUAAGAAUUCAAGUGUGAUCGCUUAAACUUGAACUGAAGCAGUUCUUGGGAGCUACGAUUCUAACACUUUCCCGGACUCUGACUGUAGAAAUCAUUUUAUAUGGGCACCGUGGAAUAGCCAAUUUCUAUCCCAAGAGAUGGCCGGCUGUGCUGUUCAUGGAGGUUGUCCAAGCGAUUACAUCGCCAUUGCCAUCUCCGUUAUCGCUAUGAUCAUGCUACUUACUCGCUCAAUUUUACCCUUUCUGGUUCACAAGGUUCCUCGUACAAAGGGAAGUGGCUUCUGGCUCCUGAUGAUUCAAAUACUUGGCAGUUUCAAUUUUCUAUUGUCAAUAGUGUUAUCCUUCAAUUUCGUCACAUUUAAAAGAAGACAUUGGUGGCAGUCUUGCUAUAUUUGGGCAGUUUGGUUCCAAGAUCCAUUCGGAUUUGGUCUGCUGCUUAACUGUCGCAUAGUCCAAGCUUACCAACUCUACUACCUUUUUGUCAGGCGGCGUUUACCACCGAUCAGAUCAUGUAUCUUACUUCCUGUGAUUCUCUUGCCAUGGAUUGCUCUUUCUGCAUUUUUUCAUGCAAUGAAGCCUUUGAAUGCUCGAUGCCACAUGCGGAGUUGGUGGAUCACCCCAUUCAUAUGCCGGGACAUUUUGUAUAUCGCCAUUUUGGCGGGAAUUACAUGGGCUCUUCAUCAUAUUGAGUUCAGGUUCCAUGAAUUCAAAGACCUCCUGAAGGGAAUAUUUGUCUCUGCAGCCUGCAUCGGAAUGUGGGUCGCUGCUUUCAUUCUGAAUGAAGUCCGUGAAGAUACUCCAUGGCUUCAAAUAGCCUCCAGAUUUCUGCUACUAGUGAUAGCAAGUAUUCUAGUACUUGCUUUCUUCUCAAUGUCAAUCUCUCAACCUUUGCUAUCACAAGUGAGCUUACGGAGAAGGGAACCACAGAGGUUUGAAACAAUGGGUUGGGCUUUAGCCAUACCAGAUAGUGACCUGCAACAGAGAGGACCAACACCAGAAUUAGAUCUUAAUGAACCACUGGAGAAGCUUCUGAUGAACAGACGGUUUCGUCAAUCAUUCAUGGCUUUUGCUAAUAGUUGUUUGGCUGGGGAAAGUGUACAUUUCUAUGAUGAAGUGCAUGAGCUUGGUAAAAUACCUGUUAAUGAUUCUGUUAGAAGGGUCUACAUGGCACGACACAUUAUUGAGACGUACAUAGAUUCUGGUGUAGCAAUGGAAGUGAACAUCUCACAUCGAACCAAGAAAGAGAUUCUGGGUACUUCUGAUCUGGCUCAUCCGGAUCUCUUUAGUGGUGCAAUAAAUGAGGUGGUGCAGCUGAUGAAAAUGAACUUGGUGAAAGACUACUGGUCAUCCAUGUUCUUCAUGAAGUUCAAAGAAGAAUCUCAAACAAAAUCAGGAGACCAAGGGCUCGUGGAGCAAGUGAUUGGAUGGGACAGCUCUCCUAGGUUUAACUCUGUUCAUGAUGCUGAUGAUCCUUUUUGAUAAAGACAUCCCUCAAAAGGUUCCGGUUGCUAUUGAGACAUUCUUGGUUGAGACACUCAAACCAGAGGUGGUCGUCACCUUUAAUGGAGACAUGCUGGAUCACAUAUAUGUAUCUUAUUGUACAUUGAAGCUAAUUCUUGUCCCCCCCCCCCCCCCCCCCCCCCCCCAUCCCCUGUUUACCAAAGUGAGCAAUGCAAUGACAGAAGUACUGAGGGAAAACAAAAAUGAAGAAAAGGGGGGGGGGAAAUGAGGGGGAAGGAUGUACAUAUAUGUUUUUUUUAUAUGGAAAGAAGAGUAUACAUUAUACCGUGAUACCUCAUACAUUUGUUCAAACUCUUGUUUACUUUGUCUCAGCUAAUCUUAUGUAAACCAUUUUUUAGUUCUAAAA